GAUGUUACUUGUGUUGCUAGACUAGAUAAAAAAGUCGACUUGUUAAGAUUUCAUUAAUGAUCAUUGUUUGAAUGAAUAAUUAGAUUAUAAAUUCUAAUUCUAGCUCAACAUCUUUUUAAGUUUUGAAAAUGUUUAUUAAAAGCUUCUUUACUUUUUUUGUAUUUCUUAGCUGUUUAUUAAGCUUUACCUGUGCUAGUCAUGGCGUACGACGAUUUGAAGUUGAUCAGAAAGACAAAUUUCAAAAUUGUCAGCUUAGUUUCAAAGAUUGCGGUUCAAAGUCUGGAUCUUUAAAAUCUGCCACUUACAAUGGCACUUGCAAUAGUGGAAUUGCGGUAUUGAAGAGAGGAACAAUUGUCAGCAUUGACUUUUCCUUCAUAUCAAAUCAAGUUGAAGAUACUUUGAAAUCCAUAGUGCACGGUAAAAUUUCAGAUCUUCCUUUUGUUCCAUUUCCACUGGACAAUCCUGAUGCUUGCAAGGAUUCUGGUCUGACUUGCCCUAUUAAAAAUGGAGUGCAGCUAGAUUACCUCCCUGUUUUAAAUGUACUUUCAACAUAUCCUUCAGUGAAUGUGAUAGUCAAGUGGGAGCUUCAAAACAAGGCUGGCGAUGAUGUUUUUUGUGCAUUGAUCCCAGCGACCAUCACUAGCUAAGGUCUCUUUACACAAGCACAGAGCACAUUCCUUUAUUUAUGCUUUUCUUGUACUAGUAGUAAGCUAGGCAUCAAAUUGAGACUAUUUUUAUAUAUAUAUAUAUAUAAAUCUGUUAUGUCCUGUUUACCAUUUUGUCUCUCUUCUAAAAAUAGGGUAAGCAGGACAAGAAAGAUAAAGAUCUUCAUUUUUUUUUAUAUAUAUUUAUAUCCAUAAUUAGUUUUUGUCGUUUUAUUUUUCUUAUUUUAAAAGUUUUGUAAGUUGUUGUUUUUUUUUAAUGAUAAUCUCUGUGUGUUGCUCAAUCAAUAAAACUUUUCGAGAACCCUAACCCUGUUGAUAAAUCCAAUUUGUAUUGACUUGUUUUAUAUGAUGUGUGCCUUACGAUUAUGUUUUUUUGAACACUUUUAUUUGAAUGCUUGUAACAAUGUUAACUUUAAUUGUUUUAAGUUAAGCAUGAAAUAAAUUUGUGCGAAAAUGUUUCUUGAGAAUGUCCACAAGAUGUUAUGUUCAAAAGGAAAUGUACAUUUCUGACACAUUAUCACCCUUAUCAUACAAAAAUGUAGAAAUUGUGUAAAUAAUAAACUUACUGUAAUGCAUGUUACUGUGAGUCAUCUCCCUUUCUAUUGCUUGCUAUUAGCAAACUGAAUGCACUACUGAAUGCACAAUAGGAAAGAGGUGAAAAAAUAAAGAAAUGAAGUUUGAGUAAGAAAAGUUCAAGUUUAAUUAAAUAUACAACUACAUUAACACAUGGUUAUGCAUAGGACGUUAAUUAUCUUCUGUUUUGAAGGAGUGUCUGUAAUUUAUAAGAUAAGGUUAAAAUUGUAGACAUCAAAAUCUAAGUGCACCUUACCAUUACUUUCCAUAACCACAGCACUUUUGUAGUGAAUGUACUAAUUGAUCUGUCAACAAUUUGUUUUCUAUGCUUUGUAUUUGAAAUGAAUCUCUUAUUGAAAGGAAUAUUUUGUACGCCAAAUUAUUAAAGCAGUUUCUUAUUUAA